CCAGCCCAGGAUCGCUGACAGAAAGCUGCGGGAGGAGGAGGCGGUGUGAGGGGGAUGGGUCACUGAAAGAUAAAACCAGAGGCGGCGACGGUUCGAUAUUGUGGUGACAGCAAGUGAGGAUGACGAUGCCGCAUGUAGGGGCAGUAUUUGCAACAAUGGCAGGGAUGAUGGCCAUCCUUUUGCACUCCUCUAUUCACAAGAUAGAGGAAGGACACCUUGCUGUUUACUACAGAGGUGGCGCGUUGCUGACCUCUCCCAAUGGCCCAGGAUAUCACAUUAUGCUGCCUUUCAUCACCACAUACAGAUCAGUGCAGACUACGCUUCAGACCGAUGAGAUCAAGAAUGUGCCUUGUGGAACAAGUGGAGGUGUGAUGAUUUAUUUUGACAGGAUAGAAGUGGUUAAUAUGUUGGUCCCUUUAGCAGUGGUGGAUAUUGUUAGGAACUACACGGCUGAUUAUGACAAAACUCUAAUUUUCAACAAGAUUCACCAUGAACUGAACCAGUUCUGCAGCGUGCACACUCUGCAGGAGGUCUACAUCGAGUUGUUUGAUAUUAUAGAUGAGAAUCUGAAGACUGCAUUACAGAAAGAUCUCAAUGCGAUGGCACCUGGACUAACAAUUCAGGCAGUCCGUGUUACCAAGCCAAAGAUCCCAGAAUCUAUCAGGAGGAACUUUGAACUGAUGGAGGCUGAAAAGACUCGCCUGUUGAUAACGGCGCAGACUCAGAAAGUGGUAGAAAAAGAAGCAGAAACUGAAAGGAAGAAAGCCAUCAUUGAGGCUCAAAAGGUUGCUCAAGUAGCAGAGAUCCAGUACAAGCAGAAAGUCAUGGAGAAAGAGACGGAGAAGAAGAUUUCUGAAAUAGAAGACGCUGCGUUCCUGGCGAGGGAGAAGGCGAAGGCCGAUGCAGAAUACUACACUGCUGCCAAAUCUGCAGAAGCAAACAGGCUGAAAUUGACACCCGAAUACCUGGAGCUCAUGAAGUACCAGGCCAUAGCGGGCAACAGUAAGAUCUACUUUGGCCAGGACAUUCCUAACAUGUUUGUGGACGGGACGAACGGCGCCGCUAAACCCGUCCCCUCGCCUACUUUACCCAAAGCUGAACCGGAACUGCCUAGAGCGAAGUAAAAAAAGUCAGAGUGAGUCCACAGCUGAGCCUCUGCACAGGGCAGGACGACCUGAUGCAAAAAAAGCGGUCUUGUCACUGAACAUGCGUUGCUUCGCCGCUAGUUUGGUGAACAGCAAACUUCAGUCUUAAAUCUACAUGGCAGAGAGGGAGAGAGAGAGAGAAAGUGAAAAGUAAGAGUUUGGGACACACGGUGUGAGUCUUACAAGGAAAGAGAACGAUGUCGUCCUUAUGUCUGGGAAGGUGACAAAAAGUACUUACACCUGCUUUUUUUUUUCUUUUUUUUUUUUUAUAAAUCAGUGCAGCGUUUAACUUUUGCUUUUGGAGCCGUUUUCAUUACUUAUGUGCAGCAGCUGUGAUUUGUGAUCGCCAGGAGUUACUGCUUUUCUAACCUCUGGUUUAGCUACUUUGAAACUUGACUGGUGACACUAAUUAAGUUGGAUGGAGAUGGUUUCCAAGUAAUUCAAGUCAUCUGUGCCAUUUGUUUUCUUUUAACAAGUUAGUGGUUGACUGUCCUCUCUUAAUCCACGCCUGAGAACCAAUUGAUUAACACCUCAUGUCCCAUGCUGCUCGUGGUGAAGUUUUGGCACUUAGCCUGGUUGAAUACAGAUGUUUCAACAUUAAAGAUAUAAUAAAAAUAAUCUCAGCUGUUAUGGGUCCUACCUUAAUCUUCCUUUGACUCGGAGAGCUCGAAGCUUUGUGGAGGAGAGCAGUGGAUAAAUCAGAUUGUUGGCUGUUUGCUUAAAAUUUAUGGAUUUUUUUUUUUGUAAUCUGUUGGUUUGCUGACUUUCUGUGAUACUUACUGUGAAGGAAAAGGGACAUAACUCAUAUUUUUUGUCUUAUAAAACUAAAUUAAGAUGCUUAACGGGGAGUAAAUCGGUGGAGGUGUGGGAAUUUGUUUUGUCAGGAUGUCGGCAUGCUUGUUUGGUUUUGAUUAACAGGGCUAUGCAUGUUUUGUUUUUGUUUUAUUUUUAUUUUUUUAUUCAGAUAAAUAGAACCCAUGAUUGUCUCUUUACACAGCUUGUUCAGAUGUAACUAAAUGUAAAUUCUCAGGACGGUUUAUUUUAAUCUAAUCAUUGUUUGAUUUAUUGUUGAGCAGCGCUUUGCUUUUACGUCAAAAAAAAAAAAAGUAGUAAAGCAAAACAUAGUUUUCAAGAAUAAAAUGAACAACUAAAGGAUGAAGGUUUGAUUGCACCCGACACCUUUUUGUAUGCAGACAACUCACAGUAGCUGUCUAUAUUGUGAGGAUAAGGUUUUGUUGAGGUUGAAGUAAUUGCGUAAAACUUCCAAUUUUGUCAUUGUUUACUUUUUCUACUCUUAAAAUUUGACUGGAAACUUCCUUAUAAUUUGCUAAUGACUGUAAUGUUGAUGGGUUUUCAGGGUCUAAUGGCAACACACAGCUCCUGGUCCGUAAAAUAUCAGCAGUGGGUUUAAAACGGAACAUUUUUAACCUUAACUUUGCUUUCCGUCCGUCUGAAUUAUUGUUUUUGUUCUCCAUUACUAUCGAGAACAAAAAUAACCAAACUUGCUACAACUCUACAGAAAGUGAGGCUAAUUGAAUAUUAGGAUCUUCAAACUCAAACAUUUAAUGCAUAAACUGAAGAAAAUACUUGAGGUUUCAGCUCUUUGACUCGCUGGAAAAAAUAUUUGGUUGUUUAUCGCUGUUCCUCAGAAGUGCUUCACUUCUGUAGCAUGGAGUUUACUUCUGGUUCCCCCUGAUCACGUAUUCCAGCCUCCGGUGUUUGGUGGUUGACUGUUUUGUCUCUUUGUCCACAUCUUUCUGGUUUGGGGUUCAAUUGUAAGGCAUUUAAGAUCAUUUUUAGCAAGGCAGCCACCAUUUAACACACUACGUUUCCUUGUUUCCCCCUCACAGCUUAAAAAGUCAACUUUUUAAUCAAAGUACCAUGAGAAUAUUUCUGUUGCGCUCAGGUUUCAUUGACCAAUACAUCAAAUUGAAAGCUCGCUGCUUCUGCCCUUAAACAAGGGCCGCUCUCAUAAUGAACGACUCGGCAACAUGAACGCUCAUGGCUGUCGUCUCUGUUGGUUUUCUAUUACUCCACUAUACCUGCCAGCAAAUUAUUGGCUUCCACCCAGAUCAGUGAUUGGCCUGGUUAGUGAUGUUGCACUGCUAUUAUUUUCAACACAACUGUGUUUGUUCAGUUUUAUUGUAAUUUAAUUUUAAUCUAAUCCCAGGAACAAGCAGCUUCAUUUUAAGAUAAAGGCUGAUAUUGUAAGUUGGUGCUAGAAUUUAAUGGGUGUUUUUUUGGGGUUUUUUUUUAAUGCUUUUCUUUCUCUUUAGGCUUCUUUAACUUUAAUCAUCGUUUGCUAUACAGAAUUCAAGCCUUAAUUAUUAAGGGGGAGGGGUGACUCCCAGAGAUACACUCACAUCUAGUUUCGUCCUGUAAACUUAAAAAAAGGCACCACCUGGAUUCUAGUGGACUGAAAACGCAGCUUGCGGUGGACACUACUAAUGCUCGUUUACCUGACCUCUACGCUCUGCAUUGCUUUGGUGACGGGCUCAAAUGUUGAUGCAAAAGGAGGGGUAUGAUUCACUUAUGAAUUUUUUUUUUUUUUUAAUAUUUUGUACAAUCUGUGAAAUUGAAACAUUGUCUUCUUGUUUUAAAAGGUUUUUAUGCAAACAUGUUUUCCAGUUUUGACAAUGUUCUUAUGUAAUAAGUAAAUAAAUAAAUAAAAUAAAACCUAUUUUGGUA